CAAAAAAAUCAGGUUAUCCAUGGGGAAUUAAGGGAGAGAGCGGGGGGCAGCCAGCCCGCGAGGACCCACGUACGCUGCCUGCUGCAGGGCACCCCGGGGCCGGGGGAGCGGGUACCCCCCAACUCAGCCCUUUCGGGUCUUCUUCUUGCUGUCCCCCCUCGCCCACCGCCCACCCGCCGCGGGGUGUGCGUGCCGUCCCACGGGAGACCUGGAAGAGCCUGGGGACCUAGAGGAGCUCGAGGCGUUAGAGGAGGAAGACGAGGCCAUGGGGAGCGGGGCCAGCACGGAGGACAAGGAGAUGGCCAAGAGGUCCAAGGAGCUGGAGAAGAAGCUCCAGGAGGAUGCGGAUAAGGAGGCCAAGACGGUCAAGUUGCUCUUGCUGGGGGCUGGAGAGUCAGGGAAGAGCACCAUCGUGAAGCAGAUGAAGAUUAUCCACCAGGAUGGCUACACGGCCGAGGAGUGCAUGGAGUUCAAAGCUGUCAUCUACGGCAACAUCCUGCAGUCCAUCCUGGCCAUCGUCCGCGCCAUGUCCACGCUGGGCAUCGACUACGCCGAGUCGUCCUGCGCGGACACGGGGCGGCAGCUCUUCAACCUGGCGGACUCCAUCGAGGAGGGCACCAUGCCCCCCGAGCUGGUCGACUGCAUCAAGAAGCUGUGGAAGGACGGGGGGGUGCAGGCUUGCUUCGAGCGAGCCGCCGAGUACCAGCUCAAUGACUCGGCCGCUUAUUACCUAAACCAGCUGGACAGGAUCACAGCCCCCAGCUACCUCCCCAACGAGCAGGAUGUGCUGCGAUCCCGAGUGAAGACCACAGGCAUCAUCGAGACAAAGUUCUCCGUCAAAGACCUGAAUUUCAGGAUGUUUGAUGUGGGAGGGCAGAGAUCGGAGCGCAAGAAGUGGAUCCACUGCUUCGAGGGGGUGACCUGUAUCAUCUUCUGCGGGGCGCUGAGCGCCUACGACAUGGUGCUGGUGGAGGACGACGAAGUGAACCGCAUGCACGAAUCCCUGCACCUAUUCAACAGUAUAUGCAACCACAAGUUCUUUGCCGCCACAUCCAUCAUCCUCUUCCUCAACAAGAAGGACCUUUUUGAGGAAAAGAUCAAGAAAGUCCAUCUCAGCAUUUGCUUCCCAGAAUACGAUGGUCCCAACACAUUUGAAGACGCGGGGAAUUACAUCAAGACCCAGUUCCUCGAUCUCAACAUGCGAAAGGACGUGAAGGAGAUCUACAGCCACAUGACCUGUGCCACAGACACGCAGAAUGUCAAAUUCGUCUUUGAUGCCGUCACGGAUGUCAUCAUCAAAGAGAACCUCAAGGACUGCGGCCUCUUCUGAGCAGCUGGGUGGCAGAAGAGGAAAAGACUUCAAUUGCACAGCGCCGUUCUGCUGAGCAGAGCCAAACGGAUUAACCAAAGCGAUAAAAGUCACUCGACGCCCCCUUUUUUCUAUGACCUGCCCACCCAAGCCACCUCCUUUCCAACCCCAAGCACAAAGGGGCUGAAGCUGAACCUCGCACUCCCUUUCAUAGCCAUUUCCUCUUUUUUUCUUUUUUUUAAAAAAAAGAAAGCAAGCCCUGCUCUCUGCAGCGUGUGCAAGGCAGUGUUUAUCAAUGAUAUCUGGAGCGGUUUGACACUAAAGAGCCCACAGGCCCCUGUCCCAGCCACAUUAAUUAAUAUUAAGCCAUCGGUGCGCAUGGGGAGAGCUGGCAGUGUCGCUUCCACGGGCGGUGGGGACAGGACCCUGCCUGUCCUUCCCCACCUGGCUUCUGCCCCUUUUUAUCAAACCUGAAUUCAUCCAGCCAGGAGUUUCUGGGGAAGGGGGAGGCUGCACCCCUGGGAUCCCACCUCGGUCCUUCGGCAGGAGGAACGGGGGGGGGGGGGGGGGGGGGUAGUGUGCGCACCCCAAGACUUGAGCAAAUUCCUCUCGA